AUGGCUCCGGUAGGAGUUUUACCGGCAACCGGAGGGCCGACGAAGGACUUCGGCGGCAGGAUAACGAGCUCCGUCGUGGUCACCUGCGUCGUCGCCGCCUCCAGCGGCCUCAUUUUUGGCUACGACAUUGGGAUCUCAGGUGGCGUCACCACAAUGGAGCCAUUUCUAAAAAAAUUCUUCCCGUCGGUUCUCCGGCAGGCCGGAGCAGCAGAGACCAACAUCUAUUGCCAAUACGACAGCCAACUCCUGACGGCGUUCACUUCCUCGCUUUACAUUGCCGGACUCGUCGCCUCUCUCGUCGCCAGCCGCGUCACCGCCGCCCUCGGCCGCAAGAACACCAUGGUGCUCGGCGGCCUCACUUUCUUCGCCGGCGGCGCCAUCAACGGCGGCGCCGUCAACGUCGCCAUGCUCAUCCUCGGCCGCAUCUUGCUCGGUCUCGGAGUCGGCUUCACUAACCAAGCGGCGCCGCUCUACCUGUCGGAGGUGGCUCCGGCGAAGUGGCGAGGAGCAUUCAACACAGGGUUCCAAUUCUUCAUCGGCAUCGGCGUCGUGGCGUCCAACUUCCUCAAUUUCUUCCUGUCGAAGCAUCCGUGGGGCUGGCGCCUCUCACUGGGCCUCGCCGUCGUCCCCGCCGCCAUCAUGACGCUCGGCGCCGCCCUCAUCUCCGACACGCCCAGCAGCCUGGUGGAGCGCGGCCGGCUGCGGGACGCCAAGCAGUCCCUAAUUCGAAUCCGCGGGGCCGGCGCCGACGUGGAGGGCGAGCUCGACGACCUGGUCAGAUCCGUCGGCGCGGCGAAGGCGGCAGAUCGGGAGCCGUUCGUGACGAUACUGGAGCGGCGGCACCGGCCCCAAUUGGUGAUGGCGGUGGCGAUCCCGUUUUUUCAGCAGGUGACGGGGAUCAAUAUAAUUGCGUUUUAUGCUCCGGUUCUGUUUCAGUCGAUCGGAUUUGGGAAGGACUCGGCGCUGAUCUCGUCGACGAUUCUGGGGGUGGUGAAUUUGGGGGCGAUUCUGGUUUCCACGGCGGUGGUGGAUCGGUACGGGCGGAGGUUCUUGUUUGUCGCCGGUGGCCUCCAGAUGCUCGUUUGUAAGCUAGCGGUGGCCGCCGUGCUGGUCGCCGGAACCGGAGCUUCAGGGACGGAGCACAUCAGCAAAGAACUGGCCGUCGCCGUGCUGAUCCUGCUGUGCACGUACGGCGCCGGAUUCGGCUGGUCGUGGGGCCCGUUGAGCUGGCUGAUCCCCAGCGAGAUUUUCCCGAUCAAGAUCAGGACGACAGGGCAGGGGAUAAGCCAGGCCGUGAACUUCGCCACCACUUUCGCGCUGUCGCAGAGCUUCCUGGCAAUGCUCUGCCAUCUCAAGUACGGAGCUUUCCUGUUCUACGCCGGCUGGAUCGCGACGAUGACGCUCUUCGUCAUGCUGUUCUUGCCGGAGACGAAGGGGAUCCCGCUCGACUCGAUGCAGGGGAUAUGGGAGCAGCACUGGUACUGGCGCCGGUUUGUUUCGACGACGGUGUCCGCCUGA